UGCUAUUAAUUUAUGCUUUAAAAUCGUUUGCAGUUGGUUAAAAAAACACCAGCAUGUGUGAUUAUGGCCAAUCAGAAGACAUUCCUUUACACCAGGGUGGAAAAACAUCCCACCCUGCUUAGACUAUAAAAGUUAAGAGGCACAGGAAGAUACACCUUUUAGGACUGACAAACACAGGUACAGAGAAGGUUCGUCUCGUGUACAUGCAUGUGUGUCUCCUGGUUGGGAAACAUUCUGUGUUUGUUUUGUUCCUGUGCUUACAAGUGGACUGCUACCUGAGAACUCAACAAUGGCACAAUCUAGCUCAAGUUGCUCUACGACAAGAGAAGAAGGUACAUCUAAGUGGUCAGAUGUAAUUAAGAACAGUGCACAGAUUACAACAGAACCCAAACAAACAUACCUGCUGAAAGUCCAGGAACCUCUGAAUGAAGAUGGAGUGGUCAGGAGAUACACGUUUGGAAAAAAGGACCCCCAAAAAAGGAAGAGGACAAUCCUGAUGGUGGGAGAAACAGGAACAGGGAAGUCUUCACUCAUCAAUAGAAUGGUCAACUACAUGCUGGGUGUAGAGUGGGAAGACAAGAUCAGGUUUCAAAUCAUUCCAGAUGAAGGCCAAAAAACCCAAACCCAAUCUCAAACCAGAAGGAUUAGUGUCUAUGAGAUUUGUGGACUGGAGGAAAUGUCCCUUCCUUUUUCUCUCACAGUCAUUGAUACACCAGGAUAUGAAGACACUACAGAGAAAGAUUAUAUAAUUGCUGAAAAUCUGAACAGAUUACAGGAAUCUUUCGACAUCGUUGAACUAGAUGCAGUUUGCCUCGUGGUGAAGGCAUCUGCAAAUCGCCUCACUCCUUUCCAGAAGAAAAUCUUUGAUUUAGUCCUGUCCCUCUUUGGAAAGAACAUGGAGAAAAACAUCAUGACUCCCAUCACCUUCUCUGACUGGACGUCACCUUCAAAUGCUCUUGAGGCAGUUAUCAAGUCUGGCGUACCUUCACCCAAAGAUGAAAUUGAUGAGCCUGUUCACUUCCUGUUCAACAACUGUCCUCUUAAUGAUUAUCAGAAUAAAUAUGAAAAAUCAUUCAAACAUCACUGGGAUAACGGAACUGAGAACAUGAGGGAGUUCUUCCAGACUUUGGAUCGAAUGGAAAGUCAAAGCCUGAGGAAGACUGAAAUUGUCUUGAGUGAACGUAAGAAACUGGAAGCUUGUGUCCAGAGCUUCGAGAGUCAGAUCAAGGUCGUGGAGAUGAAGCGCGAGGCACUUGAGGAAACUCUGGAAGAGCACAAAGAGGACAUGAGGAGGAAUAACAACUUUCAGUAUAAAACUGUUAGCAUGCAAAAGAGCAAUGUUGAUAAACUUGCAACUUCCUGUCCGAAGUGUGAGGUAACCUGCCACAUUCCAUGUACAGAGUGGUUUUCCCUGUGGUUGUGUCAUGCAAUGGACUGGAGUGGGAACUGUACGGUCUGUCCCGGAAAAUGCAGCUACAAGGUCCAUGAAAGAGAAUGCAAAACAUAUGCAAGGAAACAUCUCAUGAAAACUGAUGAGAACCUGAAAAAAACUAUGAUAGCCACACAAGAGAAAGUGAUGUCCACAUGUGAGCAAGAGUUGAGGGAUGCAGAAGCUGAGAAAACCAGCCUCUUUGACAGGUGUUUCCAGCGCAUUCUCCAGCUUAGAGACCUUGCUCUGAAGUUUGAUUCUGAUUCAACUCGUCAGAGUAUUCUCAGGCUGAUAAAAGUGCUGAAGAAGAACAACGAGGCAGAGAUGGUGGAAAAGCUGCAGAAGAUUCUGGAGAACACUGCAUGUGAAGAAAUGUUUAGUUGCACAUUCUUCUGAUGUUGCAUGGUCAAAAUGAUUUGUUUUAGAAAACCUUAACAGUCAAGUUUAUUUGCAGAGGAAUCCCCCUGUUUACCCUUCUGUGGGACAGACACAGUCAACAGCUACCAAAACAGCUACCAACAGCCAAAGGUGUAUUCAGUCAGGAUUGCAACUUUAUUUAUCUCUAACUCUAGAGGUGGAACCUGUCAUCUCCAUAGAAACUAAUGAAGAGAUACUUCCAGGCUCAACAGAAUAACAGAUGAGGUGUUCUGAGAAGUAAUCUCAGUUUAUGCCAGAAAGCAAGUCUUCGAGAAAUGAUAAAAUAUGACAACAUGCUUGACUGGUAAAAUGCUCGACUGGUUUUAUUGUUAUUAUAUUGGAUUUGUCUUGAGGUGGAUUUUUAUUUACUAACGGGUAUGUUUUAUCAUUUAAUUAAAUAUCCAUGAAUAGAAGUUUGUAUUUAGUGUGUGGUGUAGCUUUGGAUUUAUGAAAUAGGGGAGAGUGCGGAAAUAACUAAUGGUUUUUGUA